GCUACAUGGUGGCAGCGGCAGUCAUGACCGGCAGCAGCGAGGCAAGCGGAUAGCAGGCCAUCCCGGACCGUUUCCAGCUUCAAAGGACUGCCAGACAUGGAACCAGCGCCUUCCCUCCAGGCCCCGGUCACCACGCUACUGCCGCACCCAAGGUCCUUGGACACCACAGGCGACGUUUGGCAGAGCUGGAGAACAUGGAGGCAAGAAUUCGACCUCUACGCCACGGCUACCUACCUCAGUCAACAGCCAAAAGAGCGGCUCAUGGGACGGCUGACCAGGACCCUUCUACCGGUUCCGGCUACUCACCUGCAGCCUCGGACGGUACAACCAAAGGACGUCCAGCAGCGACUGCUAGACAUCCGUCGGAAGCAACGGACCUACUACAACAGGGGUACCAAGCCUCUACCUGAGCUACCACUGGGUGCCAGGGUCACUGUGUAUAACGUGCCCUCGGGAACAUGGUCGCCCGCUACAAUAAUCCAAAGAGGUGACAGCCCGCGCUCCUACAUAUUUAAAGGCGAAGAUGGACGACAGUUCCAGCGGACGAGAGAACAUCUCGGGCCAUCCUACACACCCAGCGGGCAAGAUGCAGUGGCACCUGUCCCUCAAGUCGCCGGGACGCCUGAGUCUCCUACGCAACAACCGGUCCGAAGAAGCCAUCGAACGUGUCGUCCGCCAACCAAGAUACCCUAA